AUGACCCGGACGAAUCAAUUCAAUCGCGGGGCGCUCGAUACUUAUGGGCUCGAGGUCUCUGACGAGCCGGCGGUUGCUCUUCGGCUCUUUCCUUUCACCCUCUCUGAGGUCAUGGUGCACCCGACUGCCGAUGUGAAAAGCAAUCUGGGCGCCAUUCUGCUCGGCGGGCUUCUCUCCAUGGCAUUGUCGGGGGUGGUAGCAUGUCAGGGCUUUCUUUACUUUCGGAUGUAUGGGCAGGAUUCCUGGAGCAUCAAGGGACUGGUGCUGCUCGUCUGGGCCUUGGAUGCAGUGCACACGUCCCUUAUUGCAACAUCACUGUGGAACUACUUCGCGUUGGGCUUUGGCGAUGCGAGUCAAACAGACCUUUCGGAUACAGAAUUGGCCCUUACGAUCGCGUUUACGGCUAUGAUGAACUUCGUAGUACAUAUAUUCUUCUCCCAUCGGGUCUGGAAACUGAGUAGAUCCAACCUGCUCGUCACGGGUCCUUUGAUAAUCCUUUCUAUCUGUCGUCUCGUAUCCGGAAUUGCGAGCACGGUCAGGUUGGACAUGAUACGCUCUUUCAGCACUUUCGUUGAUAUCGCCGGCUGGAAUGUGACUCUCGGACUAUCGCUCUCCGCCGCACUCGACAUACUCAUCGCGGGCGCCAUGUGCUACUACUUGCAGAACAUCCGUUCUGGCUUCAGCAGCGAGAUGGACCACACGAUCGACAUUCUACUGUUGUACACGUUCAACAAUGGUGCGCUGACGUGUGUCGCGACAGUCAGCACCUUGAUCUGCUGGCUCGCUAUGCCCGAAAAUCUCAUCUGGUUAGGCAUGCAUUUCGCGAUCUCGAAGCUAUACGCGACCUCCCUCCUGAUUUCACUCAACACACGACGAUGGAUUCGCCAACGCAGUCAGAAGCGGUCGGACGGGAGCUCACACCAAAUGCCAGUGCGCUUCCCUACCGGGACCUCGAUCUCCUUCGGCCAACGUUCGCGUUCGGUCAUGCCGCGCUUCGCGGGUACUGCGACCGAGCCAGACCCGACGACAACGGUCCUCUCCGUCAGGGUAGAGAAGACGGUGCAGUUCGACAUUUCAUCCCGCUCUGAACUCGCAGAACUGGAAGCGAGCGAAUCACGGCGGAAGCAAGACGGGAAGGAUAGGUUGGACGUUUGA